AAUGAGUAACACAAUGCAAACCAUUUGACCGAGUCAACCAUAAGACUUGUCAAGCUAAGACAAACAGAACACAAGUCGUCCAUAGCGUCAACCCCAUUCCUCUCUUCUCUAAUCUAUAUAAAUGCUUGAAAUGUAACCAAAGUGAUCAUCACUCACCGGUAUUAAGAUGGCGGCUUCUGUACUCUCGUCCAUCAUUUUCUUCCUUCUUUUUAUCAUGCCUUCACUUUUUGUUGAUGCUCAUAUGGAACACCGUAAAUUAAGUGGAACAAAAGAGACGAUGACCAUGAGGAGGAACUUGGAAGGAAGUGGGCACGCCAAUUCUAAAAUUGCAACGCCGGGGAGCACGUCACGGCACUCCGGACAGAAAAACAUUCAACAUAAACCGUCCAAAACUCGUCCUGAUCAGUUGCAGUCACGCAUAAGUUACGGAGCCCUUAAAAGAUCACAAGUACCAUGCACCUCCCGCUACCGAUGUGACAGUUCAAGUACAGCUCAGCCUCCAAGCUCUUCCAACAAUAUUCGUUCCUAAUCCUAAGGCACACACACGUGCUUAGUUUAUAUUUCUGUGAUUAUUAUUCAUUUGUUUGCAAGUUUAAGAAACUAGAUCCUUGUAUUACCUAUCAUAUCUAUUUUAAUUUUUCAGCAUGCCCUUUGUAACCUUUCUUUUCUCAAAAUUUCAUUAUAUUCACCGAUCGACUUUAAUAACACACUUUUAAGCCA